GUGCAAAUUUUGAUAAAAUGAAGGAUGAGGUCAUUCCCAGUGAACCCAUCGGUAGACGAAUAAUUUGUGAUGGCGAGUAUGGAACAGUGUGUUAUGUUGGAAGCAUUCCUCCCACUUCAGGGCUUUGGCUGGGAAUAGAGUGGGACAACCCUUUGAGAGGAAAACAUGAUGGCUCCCAUGAAGGAAGAAGAUAUUUUACAUGCAGGCAUCCUACAGGAGGUUCUUUUAUUAGGCCAAAGAAAGCAAAUUUUGGUGUCAGUUUCUUAAGUGCAUUGAUUAAGCGAUAUGGCACGAAUGAAGAAUGGAAUGAAAAAAUGGUGGUUGGAAAAAAACAUGUGGAACUUGUUGGGUUUGAAUCUAUUCUAGAAGAACAAAGUUUCAGCAACAGGGGAAACCCAUCUCCCGGGUGGAAGCCCCCCCGGGGACACAGUGAAAGGCCUGGACUGCGAUAUAUUUCUGUAUUAAAUUUGUCAAAAAAUAUUCUGUCUUCGUUGGAAAAUGUAGCAGAUAUUGCCUGUCAGCUUAAGAAACUAGAAACCCUUGAUCUCAGUGAAAACAGAUUUUAUUUUCCAUCUCAGCCAUCUUCAUUAACAAAUGCCUUUGGAAAUCUGAGAGUGCUUUCACUUAAUCACACAGGAAUAACAUGGAAAAAGGUGUUGCAAUGUGCUGCUAUGUGGCCCGUGCUUGAAGAGCUGCAUCUAGCUUCAAAUUCUAUUGCUUCGUUGGAAAGGACAGUUAACGGUCUCCAGUGUUUGACACUCCUCAAUAUAUCACAUAAUGAGCUUACUGAUGGAAACCAGCUUCAUGCACUAUCAGAAAUGCCAAGAUUGAAACAACUGAUAAUUACAAACAAUAGAAUUUCAUCAAUUGAAUUUCCUGUCACUAAGUUUGGAUGCAGUACUGAUUAUUUUUCCUCCCUAACAAGUUUGUCAGUUGAUGGCAAUUAUAUAUCACUGUGGUCUUUUAUGAACGAGUUGAAUAAACUGAAGAGCUUGCAGUCUCUUAAUUGCCAAAACAACCCUUUGAUGGAAAGUGAAAAGAACCCUGAAACUGUCCGACAGCUUAUAAUUGCAAAAAUUGCAAAUUUGAAGUACUUAAACAAGACAGAGAUCUUGCAAAAAGAAAGGAGAGGAGCCGAACUUGAUUACAGAAAAAUGUUUGGAAUGAAUUGGCUAAAAGCAGGUGGAAGUAAUAAAAGUGAAUUCAAUAAUCCCUCUCUGACGUUUCUAUUGGAACAUCCACGAUACACUGCUCUUAUUGAAAUUUUUGAUGAGGAAAUGCACAGUUGUAGAACUUUGAGGGGAUUUUAA